AUGAGCGACAGCAGUAGCGAUAGCGAUUUGGAGUUGCCGUUGGUUAUCUCCAAUGCUGCGGAAAUCUUCGAGGCUAUGGAAGCACAUGGGCAUCGGACUCAAGCCCUUGGUCGUCCACCCAAAAAUAUCGAACAGCCACCGAUAUAUGAUGACGAUCAGCACAACGAGCUGGAAGAAAUUUCCACUGUGAUCCCCAAUGGUUCUGCUCAUAAGCGGAAGGUUGUUUUCAGGAAUUUGGAUGACUUUGUCAAAAAGCAUAAAAAAUUAAUAAUGAAUGGAGAAUACAAGGGGAAGGAGAGGAUGAAGGAUACUUUUGUUAAGCGAAUGAAGAGAUACAUCACUCUUCGAGUCGAAGCAAGCCUCAAGCGGGAUCGAAACGGACAGAUAAUGAAGGAUAAGACUUCUGGUUACCCACUGUAUAUGUCGAAACGGUCUUUGAGAGUGCUAUGCGACCUGAUGAUUGCCACGCUUCGAUUCUUCCCGUAUCCCAAAAUGUCGCCGCUGGAGUUGCAAGAGGCCAAGCAAGAGAUAAUUAGGCAUCGAAGCGUGUUGCAGGAGAUCAAGCACCUGAAAUCCAACGUUCGACGGAUCACUACUCUGUAUGCCGCCGAUGUCAAAGGAUUACUGGAGACCUGCUUCAAGACCCAUCAAGGGAAAUUUGAUAUUGCUGUACAAACAGCCGCCAUGCUGCUGAGCUUCUUUUACACUGGAGCUAGACCGGGAUCUAUCCUCAAAACAGAUAUGUAUCCGGACGAGUUUAGUGUGUGGCGGGACCUGGUUUUCAAGCCAGCCAGAGACGAAGACGGCCAGGUCACGGGCUUCGGGGUGAUGUUCACGCUCAAAGCGUUCAAAGGCUAUCACAACGUCAAAAACUUGGAGGUCACUUUCAAUAUCAAGAGUACCAUCUCUCGUAAAUACGCAGUCUUGGACCUCGGCACGAUGUUGCUGGCUCAUGGCCUUCGAAUGGGAGUAUUUGGGGACCUUACUGCCGAAGACCUGUACAAUACCGAUCGAGCACAGUUCCGAGCAGACGAAGAUUACUUGGAUGUCCCAAUCUUCCAAUCGAGAUCUUCUCGUACCAGUCUGAAUUCAUCCAACUUGCCACUCAAGGCCAACGCUGCCAAUCUAUUAUUACGUGAGUUGAUGAGGGAGUUCGGAAUAGCUAGCGGGACCAGCUUCUCAGAUACCCUUUAUGCUCUUCGACGUGGCUUUGCGACUACCGUUGGCAAACAUCUCGAUCCUAGGAUUGCUCAGUUCUUCAUGGGACACGAAUCCAACUCGACCAUGUUUUUUGGCACCUACAACCAGGCCAAUGUGGAAGAGAAUUUGACCGAGGGAGUUUUAGGUCCAGAGGAGCAUCAAAUCAGAGUUGUCACUCCCCUAGCAUACGAAAGACACGCAGUCCCGACCUCAAUGCCGACCGUUACUCUGAGCCAAGCGCUUUCGUCGCAUCCUCAGUUUAGACACUGGAAAGCAAAAUCCGAUAUGCUCAAGGAUUGUUGGAAAAACAACCUGACUCACUGGAUGAAAGUCUCCCCCUAUAAAGAGCUUGCCGGCAAAAUGGAAUUCAGCCAAGCUUCCUUACCCGCGCUUAUUGCUAUCUGUCGUAACCAGCUCAGACGGUUAGUAGAGCAGAUCAAACAGCAGGACUACCACGAUGAAUUAGCCCUUGAACAGGCCAAGGCCAAUGAGCGAAAUUGGAGGACAAUUCAGGAGAAUCGUGAUCGGUCUGAGGAGCCAUCCACGUUGGCCAAGGAUCUGCAGAAGCUAUUGAUUGAGCAAGAAGCAAGGACAAUAGAAGCUGAAGUUGACGAGAUCGACGCUAUCGAGGACAAUGAGAUCGAGGUGGAUCCCCAAUUCGAAGACGACGAGGAUGAUGGAGACGAAGGGGAGCAAGGUGAUGAGGAUGGUGGUAUUGUGGACGAAGAGGAAGACGAGCAAGACAGGGAUGGAAGUGGACAACCAGAAGAUGUUACCCAAGCCGAGAGAGAUGAGAUUGAAGCGGCGGUGCAGGAGAACGAAAGAGACUUAGACGAGCAACAAGCUGAACUGGAUGACGAAGUCGGUCAGGUGGAUGAAGAAGCUCUUCCAAACGAGCUUGAACCAGCUGAACCCAUAUCUGAUCGAUCGCUGGACGCAAAGGUGCAAAAACAGGAUUUACUAUACGCACUCGUGGCCCUAGAAAACGUGAACGAUGACUUUGCCCCCUGUGAACUGUGUUUGGCGGAUGAUACUGUCCCACAAGCGGACAAGGAUAUUUUAUGGAAGACAUCUCAGAAGGCGCGAAAGUUGCGGCAUGAGUUGGAUUAUCACAACACCUAUGCAGAGUGGUUGAGAUGGUGGCCCUUUCAACUCAACGACGGUCGUUGGUUCUGUCCUUAUUGUCGCUGGAAUUGCGCUAAAUCUUCCAAGAAGAGAUCGGAAAUUCAUCUUGAUGAGCGGCAUAAACGACAGAUGCCACGAGGCUUCCAUUCGGUCAUGAUGAAUCCACUCAAAGCAAGGGAAAAGAACAAAAAGAGGAAGGAGGAGCUGGGAAUGAAAGUGGACAAAGGGACAACUAGGUUCAAAUCAGGUUGGGGACAUGAGUCUUUCUCAGUUUUAUCUGUACCUGGGACGUUCACUCCACUCGACCUGAUCGACCCCGAAAGAUCUCAGUUGGGCCUUGGAUUGGGGCUGUUCGGCUCAAACGACAUUGAUUACGGUACCGACUUGAUCAGUGAAGGUUUGUUGGACAGAAAAGGACUUUUGAAGAGGAAAAGAGAUGAAGAAGACAAGUAA